AUGGUUGCACUCUCUACCCUUGCCUUUGGGCUUUCGAGCGUUGCGUUCGCUCUUGCCAUCCCUACCUCUAGCGAGAAUACUCUCGAAAAAAGAGGCGAUUUUAACUUUUUGUUCGGGCCAGACCACCCACUAGCUAUUGCUCGUCGCAAUGAGACGCUAGCUCGCCGUUCUAAUACGAACUAUAACCAAGACUAUACCACUGGUGGGACAGUCCAAUUUUCGCCCCGAACAAACGGGUUUUCGGUGAAUUGGAAUACCCAGAAUGACUUCGUCGUCGGAGUCGGUUGGAAUCCUGGUAGCACUGCUGCGAUUACAUAUUCUGGCACUUUCUCCGUCUCCAGUGGACUAGGCAGCCUCGGUGUCUAUGGCUGGACUACCAACCCGCUCAUCGAGUAUUACGUUAUGGAAACAAACGUCGGAAUCAGUGGUCUCGGAACCGUCAGGGGCUCUGUGAGUAGCGACGGCGGCACGUAUACCAUCUACACGAACACCCGUGUCAACCAACCUUCUAUUCAAGGCACAUCAACCUUCACCCAAUUCAUUUCCGUCAGGAAUGGAGCACGCAGCAGCGGUACUGUGACGCUCCAGAACCACUUCCAGGCCUGGGCGGGUUUGGGGAUGCAACUUGGAACUAUGAAUUUCCAAGUUAUUGCUGUUGAGAGUUGGAGUGGCAGCGGGUCGGCUUCACAAUCUAUCAGCAAUACCGGUGGGGGUGGAACCGGAACCGGAACUGGAACUGGAAAUAACCCAACCACCACGCCAAACAACAACAACGGAGGCACCUGCUCUGCACUUUGGGGACAAUGUGGAGGGAUUGGCUGGACUGGCCCUAAAUGCUGCUCAACGGGAAGUUGUAAAUCUUCAAAUGCCUACUACUCUCAGUGUCUCAACUAG